CGAGGGAGGGAGAGAAAGGAGAGUGGAAAAGUACGAGCUGUCAUCAAGCAGAAACGGGAGCUGGAAGCAUGUAAAUAUAAUAAUAACCACUGCAGCCAAAAACAGUGCCUGACGAGUCCAGAUGUUAAGAUGUAUUGUCCAUUCUGUGGAUUCCAGUUUGAGAACUUGACAAAAUUUUGCUGUUCCUGUGGAAAAGACAUAAGUUUUGUACCAGCUAAAGAUGCUUCCACAGAACAAGAACACUCAAGAGCCAAGACAGUUGUUCAGCAGUUCUUCAAGUACCGUGAAGGUAAAGAGGCAGAAAGGAGGAUGUUCUCAAAAUCCAAAAAGAAAUCAAAGAAAACAGUGAAGAUUUCUGUUGGGAUCAUGAACAAACAAAAGACUGGCAUGAGACCCAUAAGAGGGAAAUCACUACCAUUAAAUGUUGACCCAAGCUGGUCAUCUGAGAGGCUGUUGGGUGCUGCCAUUAAAAAACUGAAAGAUUUCAACCAAGAUAUGAAAGAUGUAGAAUACAUCCUGCUCUACCCUGAUGGCUCUCAAAUAAAAAAUAUUCCAGGAACUGACACACCCUUUACGAUUGAACUCUACAAAGAAGCCGUUGGCAAGUCUUACCAAAGAAUUACACUAUUUGUCUGCACACUUGAGGACUUUUUGUCAGAAUAUGUUAGUGCUUCAGAAGAUGAGGAGGAUGAUGAAGUUAUCGUUAGGGUACCACCCGUUACGUCACCCCUCUCUGACACAGUGCUUUGGUCAAGUCCAGAAAGCAGUACACCAGAGCCUAUACGUCGGUCACCUUCAAUAUCCCAAACAUCUGAUGUGCAAGUUCAAUGUGGUACAGAAUCUCAAAUGGCAUCCACAUCAGGAGAACAUACUACAAGUUACAAUAUGUAUACCAAUAUCUAUGCACCUGUCAUUAUUGACAGCAGUUCUUCAGAUGCUGAGGGAGAGGAGUUGCAAAAGGAAAACUGUGAUGAACCUGAUGGAUUGACGGCUGCAGAUGUCAUCUCAAAUCUGGCUCUGAAGAUCAACAAAACCUCCUGUAGCAGAUUCAACAUUAACAGAGCCAAUGUUUGGGAUGGUGCCUACCGAGGCUUCAGAAGGUCUUCAUAUAGUCCCAACUCUGGCAUGAUGGUGAAAUUCUCUGAUGACGUGGGGCUGGCUGAAGAGGCAAUAGACACAGCUGCAGAUGAAAAUGAAUAUUUCUACAUUGGAAGAAUGAUUGCAGUUUCCAUUGUCCAUGGUGGUCCAGGGCCAUGUUGUUUAUCUCCAAACUUCUUUAUGUACCUUGUUGGAAAAGACAAGACAUUCGAGGCACCAAUUGAUGAUAUACCAGAUGAAGAAAUCAAGAAGGCUCUACUAGAGAUAAAGAAUGCAACAUCUCUAAGUGAGCUCCGAGUAAUCACAGAAAAACACUCAAGCAUGCUCCAGACAGCAGGAUGCUAUCGAUUCAUGAGGACACUGGAGGAUAAGAAGAAGGUAGUAGCGGAUUACAUUCAGUGGUACUUCAUCUACCGAAACCAUCUUUCCAUCCAAAGUUUCAGAGAGGGUCUAGCAACACUGGAUUUUCUAAACGCCCUGGAACAGCAUCCUUCACUCUUCUUCUCAUUCAUGUGCUACACUGAGACCAGGCUGACAGCUGAUCUUCUGGAGAACAUCUUUCGUGUGCAAUUUGGUCCACCUGGCAGCUCUAGGCGUCAAGAGGAGACAAGAGUAAUAAGCUACUGGCAAGACUAUCUGCUUUCUGUAGAAGAGAGAAAUGGAAGUCUGUCUCUUGAAGACAUUCUUAUGUUUGCAACUGGACUGAGGGAAAUUCCUCCUGCAGCAAUUCAGCCAAAGCCACGGCUUCUUUUCCAGACCACUUCACGCUUCCCUGUAGCAGAUGUCUGUGCAAAUACUAUCAAGAUCCCAGUGUUACACAGUUAUGAGGACUUCCAAGAAGCCAUGGAUUAUGGCAUCCAGAACUCUCCUGGGUUUGGGCUUCCCUAAGGUCCAAGUCCUUUUGCUUUUAAGACACAUUUAUGGUUUUAGUAAACAUUUGAAGUUUGUGAUUUUAAAAUCUGAAAAUUUUGUUUCUAAUAAUUUAUAAUAAUUUCUGUAAAUCACAUAAAGUUUAAUGCAUCGCAGAAAGUUCAAUCAGGUUUUGGAAUUUCAAAAGCAUAAUAUCAUAGUG